UGUCAAAUUAAAUCCUACUCCGCUAGCUGGCCGGCGUGUUGCGGGGCUGAGUGUAAACAACGCUGUUUUUGCUCUGUUGCCACCAGGUAAGAUAGACUCUCGGUGGUAGAAGGUAGUGCUACAUGAAAAUAUAAACCAUACUGACAUGCAGAUGAUUAAAGAAAACGACACGGACGUCAGUGAGGACAACACGAUGCACGUGCAAGAACAGAACAGUGCGAACGCGGGAGGAGACAACCAGGGCGUAUUUGUAAAGCCAACCAACAUUCCCGGCGCAAUAGUUCGGAGAAGACAGUGUAACCUUCGAGGGUGUGUUAUUAUUGUUGCUGGAUGUUUAAUACAUCUCACACUCGGCACACUUUAUUCAUACGGGAACUUCAGCCCAUAUAUAAUAUCGUACAUACGGAGAGGGUCCUCCCCCAGUGAUCUUCGCUUUGUAGAUGGGAUAUGGGUACAGGCGUGUAUGAUGAUUGGUCAAGGAAUCACAAUGUUUGGAGGAGGGCUUCUUGAGAGGAAGCUUGGACCAAGAAUAACGACUCUCAUAGGAUCAUGGAUCAUGAGUCUUGGCGUAAUGCUGUCCUACUUCGCGAUCCAGAAUUCGUACAUAGCUACAGUCUUUACGUACGGCGUGAUGUUUGGUAUGGGGACAGGAAUAGCAUAUCCUAUACCAUUGGGCUGCGCCAUGAAGUGGUUGCCGGACUGGAGGGGGCUUGUGAGUGGUUCCAUCAUAGCAGGGUUUGGAGCUGGCGCUCUGGUGUUUAACCAGGUUAUCACUGCCUAUGUCAACCCAGAAAACUACAGCCCUGAUGACAACAACGAUGGAGAGAAUUACUUCUCUCAGGACGUGGUGUUGGACCGUGUCCCCCACUGCUUCCUGGUGCUCGGGGGAACAUACGCGGUGGUACAGCUGUUUUCCUGUCUGAUGUUGGUUGACCCGCCCGAGGACAGCCAGGAUGAGGUCGGGGUAACAAGCUACAAGACUGUUGAUGAAAUGAGUAACAUUAACGAAGGAUUCUCUGGUGACAUGGAGAUGACGAAGUCAGCUUCUCCUGAAGCUGCAGCCGUUCAAACAAAAGACAUAGAUGCUGCUGCUGAAGAUGUUCCACCACAGAAGGUCCUCAAGUCCAAGAACUUCUACCUCCUGUGGCUGAUAUUUCUCUUUGGGGGAGAAGGGAUUGUGUUUGUUUCAUCACAAUAUAAGAAUUACGGACAGACAUUCAUUGAUGAUGACCACUUUCUGGCCAUUGUUGGGUCUGUGUCAUCAGUCUUCAAUGCUGGGGGCAGCAUAUUCUGGGGAUAUAUCAUGGAUCGGUUCUCCUUUAAGAUUGCAGCCCGAUGUAUAUAUAUUGCCUUCGCCUGCCUCAUAGCCUCGUUUCUGGGGUGUGAGUAUGCUGGGAGGGUGAUGUUUUUCAUCUGGGUGUGCCUCAUCUUUUUUGCUUUCUCCGGAAUCUUCGCUAUCAUGCCACCUGCCAUUGCCAGGAUGUAUGGGAACACGUAUGUCGGAGUCAACUUUGGACUUCUUUUCACAUCCCAGAUCAUAACUGGAGCCACAAGUGCCUUCCUUGGGCAAAUCCUCAAAGAUUCCAUUGGCUGGCAUGGCUUGUUCUUUCUGUCAACUGGAUUCACCGCAGCCGGAUUUAUCAUUAUAUUUUUCCUGAAAACGAAAACAUCAUCAGGGGAUGAUUUCUGAAGGGAAUGAGACUUCCACCAUUGCAUCUGUAACCAGCUGGGUCUACAUCUCUAUACGAUCAAACACAACGAUAUUCAUGCAUAUGUGGACAGUUUCAUGUGUGUCUAUACACAAUAAUAUGUAUAAAGUGAGUCAUGUAUACCUAUAUGAACAUUCACUUUGAACCUUGAUUUGAACGAUGUAUGAGCAGUUUAGAUACACGUAAAAGAUGUAAUCGUACGGAUGUGUAAUUCAUACUUUUAGUAAUUAUCUACAUACGACUGUUUUAUUGCUAGGAGUGAGUGAGUGAGUGUGGUUUUACACCACUUUUCAUCAAUAUUCCAGCAAUAUCACAGCGGGGGACACCAAAUGUGGACUUCACACAUUGUACCAAUGCAGCUGGGAACGAUCCGGGACUUUGGCGUGUCAUGGUAGGAAAGAAAACAAAACUAGCUAGGUGUACAUCCAUUGACACAACAAUAUAUAUGCAUAUGUAAACAGUGCCAUGUAUUCCAAUACAAACAGUGACUUUGAAGCUAGAUUUGAAUGAUGUGUGAGAAGUUUAGAUCACUCUUACACAUAACAGUUAAUAUCAUACGUACGUGUAGUUUAUACCUUUAGUAAUUUCCUAUAUACGAUGGUUUCAUGGUGGAAGUGACUUUGCGAGUGUGUAAGGUUUUACGCCGCAUUUUAGCAAAAUUCCAGCAAUAGCACGGCGGAGGACACCAAAUAUGUUGAGUGAGUGAGUUAGAAUUUAACGUCGCAUUGGCAAUAUUUCAGCCAUAUCGUGACGAGAACUUAGACAUAAUAAAUAUUUAUACGGAAUAAAACCUGUCAGCGAUGGACAGUAUAAUAACUAGAGUAUCACAGUUUCGAUUCUGAACAGGUUGCCCAAUACGGUCGUCUUUUACGACCAGCAAUGGGGUGCUGAGGACACAUUCUUAUCUUCCAUGGGUUCCCAAGGGGGCACCAAAUAUGGACUUUACACAUUGUAUCCGGCUAAGGGAAAAAUCUGGUCUUCGGUGUGUCAUGGUAGGAAUGAAAACAAAACAGGUUACAAGGUUUGUUCUUUAGAAUCCCCUUGGGAAUCAGUAAGAAAACGUGUACAGUACAGAAUACACCACUGAGAGCAGUGGACAAUCAAACAGUGAUUAACGCUAUGGUUCAACAACUGAAGAUGACAUUUUGUUCACAAUGGUGCCGGCUUAUAAACCACAUAACAUACUGAGGUGUCAUUCAGCAAAACUAUUACG